AUGGCGUCCAUCUUACUGAGGAGCUGCCGCAGCCGGGGGCCCGCCCGCUUCCCGGCGCCCCACGCCGCCGCCCGCGGGGGAAGUCCGGGGGACCGAGCGUGCCUCAGUUGUGCCAACACCAUGGGGCUGAUAAGCCGCCUGCGUGUCCCGCUGGGUGGCUGUGCUCCUGUCCACUCCGUGCAGCUCUCCUUCGGAGGCGACCCCCUGGGCUGCUGGACUCGGAGGCCCCGGCACGUGUGUGCCCCGGCCUCCGCGGGCCUGCUGGUGGCCCCGCCGUGGCUCCUGCCCUCACGCUGCUGGCACUCCUCGCCCAGGCUGCGUGACGAUUCGGUGGUGGAGAAGUCGCUCAAGUCCCUCAAGGACAAGAACAAGAAGCUGGAGGAGGGCGGGCCGGUGUACAGCCCCCCCGCGGAGGUGGCAGUGAAGAAGUCCCUGGGGCAGCGGGUGCUGGACGAGCUGAAGCACUACUACCACGGCUUCCGCCUGCUCUGGAUCGACACCAAGAUCGCCGCUCGCAUGCUCUGGCGCAUCCUCAACGGGCACACGCUGACCCGCCGCGAGCGCAGGCAGUUCCUCCGGAUCUGCGCGGACCUCUUCCGCCUGGUGCCCUUCCUGGUGUUCAUCGUGGUGCCGUUCAUGGAGUUCCUGCUGCCGGUCGUGGUGAAGCUCUUCCCCAACAUGCUGCCGUCCACGUUCGAGACCCAGUCCAUCAAGGAGGAGCGGCUGAAGAAGGAGCUGCGGGUCAAGCUGGAGCUGGCCAAGUUCCUGCAGGACACCAUCGAGGAGAUGGCCCUGAAGAACAAGGCGGCCACGGGCAGCGCCACCAAAGACUUCUCCCUGUUCUUCCAGAAGAUCCGAGAGACCGGAGAGAGGCCCAGCAACGAGGAAAUCAUCCGCUUUUCCAAGCUGUUCGAGGACGAGCUGACCCUGGAUAACCUCACGCGGCCGCAGCUGGUGGCGCUGUGCAAGCUGCUGGAGCUGCAGUCCAUGGGCACCAACAACUUCCUGCGCUUCCAGCUCACCAUGCGGCUGCGCUCCAUCAAGGCGGACGACAAGCUGAUCUCAGAGGAGGGUGUGGACAGCCUCAAUGUCAAAGAGCUGCAGGCGGCGUGCCGGGCGCGAGGCAUGCGGGCCCUGGGGGUGACGGAGGACCGCCUGCGGAACCAGCUGAAGCAGUGGCUGGAGCUGCACCUGCAGCAGGAGAUCCCCACAUCGCUGCUCAUCCUGUCCCGAGCCAUGUACCUCCCCGACACCCUGUCGCCUGCCGACCAGCUCAAGUCCACGCUGCAGACCCUGCCCGAGAUCGUGGCCAAGGAAGCGCAGGUGAAGGCGGCGGAGGUGGAGGGGGAGCAGGUGGACAACAAGGCGAAGCUGGAGGCCACGCUGCAGGAGGAGGCCGCCAUCCGGCAGGAGCACCGGGAGGAGCGGCAGAGGCGCUCGGAGGAGGCCGCGAAGGAAGUGGCGCCUGAAGCCGUGGAAACUGCCCCCAGGGAGCCCGUGGCUGAGCCGCAGCCGGAAGUGGUGGAGGUGACCCUGCCGUCUGAGGCCCUGACGGACACGGCCCCCGUCCUGACGGGCGUGAAGGAGGAGGAGAUAACCAAGGAGGAGAUCGACAUCCUCAGCGACGCCUGCUCCAAGCUGAAGGAGCAGAAGACUUCCCUGACGAAGGAGAAGGAGGAGCUGGAGAUGCUCAAGGAGGACGUGCAGGACUACAGCGAGGACUUGCAGGAGAUUAAGAAGGAGCUUUCCAAGACGGGCAAGCAGAUGGAGGUGGAGGAAUCCAAGGCCAGCAAGAGGCUGACCAAGCGCGUGCAGCAGAUGAUCGGGCAGAUCGACGGCCUGCUCACCCAGCUGGAGGCCGACCAGCAGGCUGGCAAGCUGGGCCCCACCGCCCCGGGCCUGCCCGCGGGGGACACUGUCAUCAGCGUCACCGAGCUCAUCAACGCCAUGAAGCAGAUCAAGCACAUUCCAGAACACAAGCUCAUCAGCCUGGUCUCCGCCCUGGACGACAACAAAGACGGCAAGGUCAACAUCAACGACCUGGUCAAGGUGAUUGAGCUGGUGGACAAGGCGGACAUCCACAUCUCCACCAGCCAGGUGGCCGAGAUUGUGGCCACGCUGGGCAAGGAGGAGAAGGUGGAGGAGAAGGAGAAGGCCAAGGAGAAGGCCGAGAAGAAGGCCGAGAAGGAGGCCGCCGAGGUGAAGGGCUAG